AUGAAGUUCUUAGCAUGUCUAGCUGAGGAUCCCAGGACAAAGAGGCUGUUUCCACGAAACUAUCUUGAGACUCUGGAGCAUCGCGUGGCUUUUUUGGAGGGUCUCUUGAAACAAUACCGACCCGAUCUGGCCAGCGAUCAUCUCGGUGAGGAUGCCACUGUCAAUUGCCAACACCCAGGAUUACCAUCAGGUCCUUCUUCAAGUGUAGUUGAGCCCGAAGACCUUGGCGCCAUCCGCCAAUUCGCUCCUCUGCAAGUCAGUGCGGUCGAAGAGCGUGACGGACUAGACGAGCUGGCUUCCAAGGUUGGCGUGUUAAGUCUAAACGCAGCCGGCGCCGAGCCACAUUAUCUGGGCUCGUCCUCCAUGUUUGUUUUCUCGCAAAUGAUCAAUCCAUCUUUGCGCCAGAAUAUCUUGAACAGUGCCUACAAAGCCGAUGCGCUCGCUCAAUAUCGUGAGGGCGACCUAGUGGCCGCACCAGCGCCUUGCCCGCUCCCCAAGCCAGAGACAGCCAUCAGGCUCAGCGAUGCGUACUUCCAAAAUAUUCACAAGCAGUAUCCAUUUCUGCAUGAACCAACUUUCAGAGCUUGGGAGGCCAAAUAUGUCGGGGAAUAUUCCCCUUGUAACACGAUAGCGGCGACUGACAGACUACCGUUAUUCUUCCUGAACGUGGUUUGUUACAAUCCCAUCUGA